AUGGAUUAUACCCGCAUGUACUCAUUACCAAAUGAUAUUACUCUAGCAGAUUAUUUAUUCCACAGAUUGAACCAGUUUAAGAUCCAUACGGUGUUUGGUCUACCUGGGGAAUUCAAUAUGCCAUUAAUCGACAAAUUGCUUACAAUACCUGAUUUGAAAUGGGCUGGUAAUGCUAAUGAAUUGAAUGCUGCAUAUGCUGCAGAUGGAUAUGCAAGAAUCAAAGGAAUUGGUUGUUUAUUGACGACGUUUGGUGUAGGAGAGUUGUCGUCGAUAAAUGGGAUUGCAGGUUCAUAUGCAGAACAUGUUGGAGUUUUACAUAUUAUUGGGAUGCCUCCAAGUUCCAUACAGACAAGUCAAUUACUUUUACAUCACACACUGGGUAAUGGUGAUUAUACAGUUUUUCAUCGAAUUGCCAGCGAAUUGGCUUGUUAUUCCACAGUUUUAAACGAUACAGAUUAUUUAACCAAAGAGAUUGAUCUUUCCAUUGUGAAAGCUUGGACUUUACAAAGGCCAGUUUAUUUGGGAAUACCCAUGAAUUUCAUUAGUUAUCCAAUAAAAUCUAAUUUAUUGAAUAAAGAUUUGGAUUUCACUUUAGAGUCAAAUAAUGAAAUUUCACAAGAUGAUGUUAUUGAAUUAAUUUUGAAAAAUAUUUAUCGAUGUAAAAAACCAGUUAUUGUGGUGGAUGCAUGUGUCACACGACAUAACAUUGAAAAGGAAACUGAAGAAUUAUUUCGAAGAACGAAAUUCCCUGUGUUAGUAACGCCAAUGGCAAAGGGAUCUGUGGACGAAAGUUUACCGGAAUUUGCAGGUGUGUUCUGUGGUUCUAUAUCAUCACCACAAGUUAGAGAAGUCUUGGAUUCGGUAGACUUAUUAUUAGUCAUUGGUUGUACUUUACCAGAGUUCACAACUUCAAGUUUCCAUUUCUCUUAUAAGAGUAAACAUUGCAUAUUCAUUUUUUCAGAUUAUAUUAAAUAUCGUAAUACAACUUUUGCGGAUUUAAAUAUUAAACAAUUGAUUAAAAAAUUAUUAUUGGCUUUGGACGUUUCCAAGAUUAAAAAUUUUCAAUUACAAGAAAAUAAUAAUGGUAAUAUAUAUAUCCCAAAUAUUAAAUUGAAUCCGACUCUUUUACUUCGACAAGAAUGGGUUUGGAAUCAAUUGUCUCAUUGGUUCCAAGAUGGUGAUAUCAUAAUCACUGAGACGGGGACUACUGCCUUUGGAAUAAAUCAAACUAAAUUCCCUCAUAAUGCAAGAGGUAUAUCACAAUCACUUUGGGGGUCUACUGGUUAUUCUCUGGGGGCAUGUUUAGGUGCAUCCUUUGCAUUAAGUGAAAUUAGAAAAGAACAACAAGUUAUUAAUAAUAUCACUCAAAAUGUGUUUCCUUUAUUUAAAGAUCCUCCAAAGCACCGUGUAAUUUUAUUUAUUGGUGAUGGUGCAUUCCAAUUAACUGUACAAGAAUUAUCAACCAUAAUCAGAUGGGGGUUGACUCCUUAUAUCUUUAUUAUGAAUAAUCAUGGUUAUUCAGGUGAUCGUUUCUUGCAUCAUAGAUCAGAUGCAGGUUAUUAUGAUAUUCCACAAUGGGAUUAUUUAGGUUUAUUAGAAGUAUUUGGUGCAAAAAUAUAUGAAUCGAAAAAAAUUAUCACUGUGGGGGAUUUUGAAAAAAUGGUUAAUAAUCCAAAUUUCGCAAUAGAUAGUGUAUUAAGAAUGAUUGAAAUCGUUUUACCACCAAUGGAUGUACCACAAGCUUUAAUGGAUAAGUGGCGUUUAGAACAAGAGGAAGAAAAAAAGAAAGUAGAUCAUAAUCAACCAAUGGAUUGGGAUAGUACCACUCCAGGAAGUACAAUCAGUACACAAACAGUAAAUAGUACUCCUUCAUCAGAUGAACAAGAGACUCCUUCUCCCACACCAUGA